AUGCCAUUGGAUUUCACUAUCACCACCAGUUCAGACUCCAUAUCGAAGGAAUCGCCUAUAAUAUUGAAUGAUCUUGUUGAAUUGUUAACUAAUCAUUUAGAACCAUUGGAUGUGGAUACUAUCGAUACCAAUCAAUUAAACACCUUCAUAUUAAAACAAUGUCAAUUGAAAUCAUCAAAGUAUAAAUUCUUAGUACAAUCAACCAAAUUAUCAAGUCCUAAUACGGUGGAUUCAGAUUUAGAUAUUUCAUCUACAUUUGGGGCAUUUAAAACUUGA